AUGCAGGAGACUUUGGAGGCCCUACUUUGUGGAAUCGGUUGUGCAAUGGGUAGAAUCAUUUCUCUUCUGGCGUUUUCAGCUGCCUUCAUAUUGCUUAAUGGAUAUGAAGCCUCAGUGUUUUACAGCAGCCAAGAAGCCAAUCGUGUCCUGAAGAUUCAAAAGCGCGCAAAUUCUUUCUUGGAAGAAUUAAAGGCAGGUUCCUUGGAAAGAGAAUGUUUAGAAGAACAGUGUGAUUUUGAAGAAGCUAGUGAAAUAUUUGAAACCAUGGAAAAAACUUUAACUUUCUGGGCAAAAUAUGUUGAUGGAGAUAUGUGUGUUUCCAGCCCAUGUUUGAAUGGACUCUGUAAGGAUGGCAUUGGGCGAUUUGACUGCAUAUGUAACAAAGGCUGGGAGGGACGAUUCUGCCAAAAUGAGGUCAUCUACACUAACUGCUCCAUUGCCAAUGGUGGCUGUGAACAUUUCUGCCAUGAGAGUGAAGGAAACAAUGGACAAUACCGUUACUGCAGCUGUGCUUUGGACUACCACCUGAUGGAUAAUUAUACUUCUUGUGAAGCUUCAGUGGAGUAUUCCUGUGGGAGAGUUGUGGAAUCCAAAUUCAAGGUUGCAAAAAUAAUUGGGGGUAGUCCUGGAAAAAGAGGAGACAGCCCUUGGCAAGUUAUGUUGGGCAAUAGUGCAGGAGAAUUUAAAUGUGGUGGUGUUCUCAUUCAUCCUGCUUGGGUAUUGACAGCUGCACAUUGUGUGUUUCGAGAAUCGAGAAUCAAACUGAUCCUUGGGAAAUAUCACCGACGGCGAAUAGAUGAAAGUGAGAUAACUAUCAUUGCUGACAAGAUAUUCUCUCAUGAAAAUUACUCUUCAGACACCUAUGAUAAUGAUAUUGCAAUCCUACAUCUAUCCCACCCAGUUAUUGUCAAUAAGUAUAUUAUACCCAUUUGCCUGCCUACCCAUAACCUGGUAAAUCAACAGUUGAUGACAGAAGGGAUUCAAACAAUAGUAACAGGCUGGGGAAGCCAGAGUGCGAAUAGUAAGAAGAAUUUCUCCUCUGUUCUCAAUUUUAUUGAAAUCCCUGUAGCAUCACGGAAUGACUGUAUCCAUUCUAUGUGGAAUUCUUUAACAGAUAACAUGUUCUGUGCAGGGAUACCAGGAGAUAUACGAGAUUCCUGUCAUGGAGACAGUGGUGGUCCUAUGGUUGUAAAAUUCAAGAACACCUGGUUCCUACUUGGAUUAGUAAGUUGGGGAGAAGGCUGUGGAGAUCCUAAUAAUUUUGGAAUCUACACUAAGAUCAGCUCAUAUCUUGACUGGAUCAGUCAGAAAAUGAAAUCAUAAAAUCAUUAUGCUAAUGAUCAAUAAAAA